AUCAUUAAUGCUCUCGGUGCUUUGGAUAAGGCCUACGCUUUAUCCUUUGCCAUGGCCCAUGCCCAACUUGCAUUUGGAGAUCUUUUCUUGUUAUUAAAUGAUCGGAGAAUGGAAGAUGUAAGACGGUUUUGGAUAUUGUCUGAACAUUCUUUAUUGACGUAUUUCUUGCUUGAUAUUUUGUUAGGAAUCUAAGCCAGUGUGUUGGAUUCAAUUCAUUUAAAGGAAAGUUAUGCUUGUUUUUUUUUUUACUAAACAAAUGAUUGCGUAAUGAAUGGUGGACUCCAACAUGAGAUUUUUUGCGUUAGAUGCUAACCCAUUCUACUAUUUUUUGAAAGGACUAACCAUUCUAUUAUUAGAUCAACAUAUACAUACUAUUAUUGCAUCCUUAUCCUUUCUAGAAAACAAAAUGAGUUUGUGCUCUUUUAUUUGCGUUAAACUAAGCUAUUUAUCCUUUGAUAUACGUUGACUUUUGAGAUUUCUAAUCAAGAGCCAAAAUGUAACUUCAUUAUUUCUGAUAGUAGUAUAAUUUUUUAGGUUUUUUACAACCGAGUCUCAGGGGGACCAAAUCACUAAUAGUUUAAAAGUAAAUGAAUACAUUUAUAAUAUAAUUGAAAUCACAAAGAGUUAGUAGUCUCCAAAUUGAAAUUUAUAUAUUUGAUUUGAUUUUGAUUGCUAAUUAAGCUUUAAUUUUGUCGAAAGUCAAAUUUAAGUGAAAAUUGUAAUAGAAUUAUAAAUUUAUGUAUUUUUUUGGCUUAAUAGAAAGUUUGGGUGAAAAUUAUAGUAAUUUUUUUUCAAAGUUCAUAUAGUUUCUGACCAUAACCCCCCUCAACAUUUUACAUUUUAAUAAUUAUCGCUUGAUAUUAGAAAAUUUGCAGGCCAACUCAAUAUAAUAAAAUUUUAAAAGAAUUGCAGAUUAUAAAAAUAAAAUAAAAUUGAACUUUCAGUGAUCUACCUUUUAUGGAAAAAUUUGUCACUGUAGUGAAAAUUCAAUCAGGCCUCCCUUUCCAUCAGUUUAGUUUAUGAGUAUAAAUAAUGAAGAUUUUAAAAUUUUGAUAUGGUGAACUUGUUCAGCUGUAUUCGGUUUUAAUUUUGUCGAGUCAUGAAGAAAUGGUUGAAUGCGCAUUGAUAGACAAUACUAACACAACUAGUUGCACAAAAAUAUCGCCGAGACAAAGCGGGAGAAGCAUAGUAAAAGUCGUCGUGGGGUCCACUUCUGGAAGCCUUACGUGUUAAGAUGAGAAGCAGAUAUCUUCUCAAUUCCAACGUUUUUUAAUUACACUCGCAAGAGAGGGAUAGAAUUACAAAAAUCAAUAUCCGAAACAAUCAAUCUGGGACCCGACAAAGCAUCAGAUCUUUUGCAGAAAAGUAAUGGAGACUUAGAGAGUGACCCUUCCUCUACGCAUAUUAUACAACCCCCUUUCUCCGAUUUCUUGCUCAUACAAUUACCUCACCUGUCCGUGAGGAGUAGUAAACGGCGAUUUCGGAAUUAGGGUUUUAAUCUAUUUCAGAUGGUAAAAGAACUUUGAAAAUGUCGGUUUCAUCAGUUGAUAGUAUGGCAUCAUUAAGCAGCGAUCUUUGCUAUGACAUACUAAGGCGUCUUGAUGGUGCUAAUUUGGCCAUUGCAGCCUGUACUUGUGCCGCAUUUUCUUCUAUCUCAAAAGAAGAGAAGCUGUGGGAAAAUGUAUGCUCUUCCAUGUGGCCUUCAACGAACAGCAAUGAUGUCAAAACUUUGAUCUCUUCAGUCGGUGGAUUUAAAAAGUUUUAUGCUGAUUGUUUCCCCCUCAUAGUAAACAAGGAGGUUCCUGAAUUUCACUGCAAUGACUACUAUGAUUAUCCUCAAGAAUGGACUGAAGCCGACUAUUAUGGUGACGAGGAUGAAGUAGAAAAUAUUUCACCAUCAGAUUUCGUGUCUAUUGUGGAUAUCAGAUUUAGAGAGAAAACAAUUUGUUCUAAAGUCCUCUGGGGUAUUCCCUACGCAAAUGGUUCAAGUGGUUGGUUUUACAAUUGUCCUUUUCGAAUUGAUCUUCUUGCCAACGCUGCUAGAGAUGACGAGCAAGCAGAUGAGGUUGUGCUCUCAGUAUCUGAUGGCCUGCCUCCAAGUUGGUCGAUUGAAAGAGAAAGAAAAGAUGGGAAGCUUUGGCACGAGCUUCGUGAUGGAAUCAGGCUUAGUUGGAUUCUAGUUAACAUCAAAACAAAAAAGGCUGCUAAUCUCUCAAGUUGGAGUUCUAUAGGAGGGCAGAGACAUUGGCCUACCGACAAGGAUUUCUUGAUACGAUUCGGUUCUAUUCUCCCUGCUAAAGGUAUCCUUCCAUGUCAAGUAGUGGAGUGCAUCCUUAUCAUGAAGUUCAAAGUGGUCGUUGCCGAAGAUGGAGGCUCCCAUACCACUAUCAAAUUGUCGGAACUAAGCAUGCAGCUCGGAGACAUGGAAGGUUCUCAUGUCAACGGGAGAAACAGUUUGCUCGUUCUAAAAGAAGCACUCAACUGCCCUAGGAGCAAGAAUUACAGCGAGGCCCUCGAGUCCUGUCACUUGUACUCAAAAGUCCAGAGCGAGCUCAAGGAGGAGAAGAUGAGAUAUGAAAACAGGUUGGAUACACUUUGGAUUUUAGGAAGUAUUGCUGCUUGCGCCACAUUUUGUUUAUACUGUUUGUGAAAAUCCCUCAAAUCUCCCUACGGCUUGUUUGUUAUGCGACGCAGUUUUGGUUUUUGCACAUAUAGUUUGUAUGUUUAUCUUACCUUAGCACGCGAUGGUUCUUCUACGUUGCUUGUAUAGUAAGGCGAUGAGUAAAUUAUCUUUUAACUACCUUACAUAGGUCAAAGAGUUGAUCAAAUGUUGCUAAAGUUGGCAUUGUCUUCAAUAGGGCUUGUGAUUGUGCAGUAACUGUUUAUCUGCUACGUUAUAGUGUUCUUGGUUUUGAUCAUCUAUCUAUCUAUAUCUUUGUUAAUUCUUGCAAA